AUGGUGUCUUAUAAAAGAAUGGCUGCUGCAAAUGGCUCUGUGGUAACUGAAUUCAUUCUCUUAGGGCUGAUAGAGCAGCCUGACCUCCAAAUGCCCCUAUUCCUGCUUUUUUUAGUAAUGUAUAUGAUAACUACAUUGGGGAAUUUGGCUUUAAUUAUUCUCAUUGUUCUGAAUUCUCACCUUCACACCCCUAUGUAUUUUUUUCUUUUUAAUUUAUCCUUCGUAGAUUUUUGCUACUCUUCUGUAAUUACACCAAAAAUGCUUAUGAACUUUGUACUAAAGGAAAAUGUUAUCUCCUAUGUGGGAUGUAUGACUCAGUUCUACUUAUUUUGUUUCUGUGUCAUUUCUGAGUGUUAUGUCCUAACAUCAAUGGCUUAUGAUCGCUAUGUGGCUGUCUGCAAUCCACUCUUGUAUAACAUUACCAUGUCUCCUAAGGUGUGUUCCUAUCUUAUGCUUGGCUCCUAUUUCAUGGCACUUUCUGGUGCUAUGAUCCACACUGGAUGUGUCCUGAGACUGACAUUCUGUGAUGGAAACAUAAUCAACCACUAUUUCUGUGAUGUCCUCCCUUUGCUGGAACUCUCCUGCACCAGCACUUAUGUCAAUAAGAUUGAGAUUUUCAUUGUAGCAGGAAAAGACAUCAUUGUGCCCACUGUCAUCAUCUUUAUUUCUUAUGGCUUCAUCCUUACCAGCAUAUUUCAAAUGAGGUCCACUGAGGGCCGGUCAAAAGCCUUCAGCACCUGCAGUUCUCACAUAAUUGCUGUCUCUCUGUUCUUUGGAUCUGGUGCAUUUAUGUACCUCAAACCCAACUCAGCUGGACCCAUGAAUAACGGAAAAACAUCCUCCAUUAUUUAUACCACUGUAAUUCCCAUGAUGAAUCCAUUAAUUUAUAGCUUAAGGAACAAAGAUGUUAAAGUUGCCUGGAGAAAAACUCUGAGCAAGAAAAUAUUUUAA